AAUGGACGUGCAACGCGGCAAACACAAAUCCGCAACAUCCGCGAGCUCCUUUCUGUGGAAUUCCUUUCGCCUGCCACGCAGGCAGAAGGCAGCGUCCACGGCAGAUAAAAAACGCGCAGCCGAAUCGUUGCGUUCCGGCGUGGACCAGACGGAACUGCAGGAGCUCAAUGGAUUUGGGCUUCUGUUGCCAGCUGUGCCCAGUCCCGGCCAGACGCCACGGGACUCCAAACGCGCCUCGCUUAGCAAUGAGCUGGUCUGCUGCUGUGGCGCUGACGCGGACACCUGCAACUGCGCUGCCGAGAAGGCGGCCAAGGUGAAGCGUUGUGGCAGCCACGCCCCCGAGGCAUUAAAUUCCAUAGAGCCAAAUGGCUGCCAGCUGGAGCAGCAACUGCCGCAGGAAGUGGAGCCGCAAACAGUUGAACAGCUCAAGGAUGAGGCAAUUUUACAGAACAUAACAAAUACAAUUUCCAGUACAAAUGAGGAUCGAAAUGAUUCUCAGAGCACAACAACAAUUCAGCCCGAUACGGCUGAGGACAUUGUCGCCCAAAAUCCCGCCCUGAAGUGCUACGUGGAUAACGGUUAUUUGAACUACGAGCGUUUGGCCAAAUGCCUCGAGGCGAACGACAAAUGGCAGGAGGAGAAGGAACGCCAGACUCUGGGACUGGCCAUUGUCGUUCAAUUCAUGUCCAAGCAGAUGGACAUGCUGAGCUGUCAGGAGAGCAAGGCGAAGAGCACGCUGGAGGAGACAAUUGCGCUGCUGCAGCAGACGCAGCACAGCUGCGAGGAGCUGCGCCAGCAGCUGCACGAGAAGGACGUGGAGUGGGCACAGCGCCAGCAGGAGCGGGAGCAUCUGCAGCGCAGCGAACUCCAACAAGCACAAGAAAAAGUGCAGGAGGUGCAGCUAAUUGCCAAGGAGCGUUUCCGCGAGCUUGAGUCCCAGCUGCAGGCCAAGGACGAGGAGAAGAAGGAGGCGCUGCAGGCGUACCAUCAGGAAAUAGCCCAUCAGCUGCGCCACAAGCAGCAGCAGCUCAGCAUUGCCGAGCAGCAGGUGCUCCAGCUGCAGACACGCCUGCAGGAGCACGAGGCGCAGGAGCAGCAGCUGCGCGAGAAGCUCACACGCAAGGAGAACACGCACGCCAUUCGCCUCGCGGCAAGCACACAGCGCGAGGAGGAGCUGCAGGAGCGCAUCAAGUCGCUGACCAAGGAGCUGCAAACGCUGCGCGCCAGCACCGAGCACAAUGAGCGCGAUUUGCGCGAUCGCCUCGCCCUGUCCCAGGACGAGAUCAGCGUGCUGCGCAGCUCCUCGCAGCGACGCAGCCCGCCCAACAGCCAGGCGGACAGCAGCGCCGAACUGUGCCGGCUGACCAGCGAGGCGGACAGCCUGCGCUGUGUCCUGGAGCUGAAGCAGGCCGAGAUUUCGGCCCUGUCCAAGCAGAACGCCGAACUGCAGCGGGAGAACGACGAGCAGCGCGGUCUGGCCAGUCGCCUGACCAUGCUGGAGGCACAGAACGAGAUGAUGCGCACCGAACUGGAGGCCAAAACCGACAAGGAGAAAGAUAUUCAGCGUCAAAUGGAGGAGAUGCAGAAGGCCUUCAACCAUGAGAGCAUCAAGCGCAAGCGCCUCACCUGCGACAAGGAGGAGCUGCAGUAUCAUCUGAAGCAACGCUCCGAGCAGCUGCAGCUGGUGCAGGCGCAGCUGCACGAGCUGUCCAAUAGCUCGCAGGACAGCUCCCUGAAUCAUGGAUACAGUCGCUGCAAUUCGGCGCGCUCCUGCCUGGAAUCGUCGGCACAUAAUGCAUCGAGCACAUCGCCACCAGCAUCGCCGGUCAUUAAGGGCGUCAUCGAGCGCAACGAUUCGGUUAGCUGGGUGCUCGAGAUGGACGAUGAGACGCCGCAGGUGGCCGCCUCGAAGCUAGUGCGACGCGCCGGCUCGCUGCGCAGCACCAGCGAACGCAGCCCCACCCAGCGCCGCCAGCUCUCCCAGAGCGCCAAUGCGGCCACCAGCAAUGGGCACGCGAGCAGCCAACAUGGACCCAAUCCCCUUUCGCAGAGCAUGUCGGCCACGGCGCUGAUGCGUAGCCAUGGCAGCCAGGAGGUGGAAUCGCCGCGUCCCCUCUGCCGGGCUCGCUCCCAAUCCGUUUGUACCAAAGCCUCGGCCCAGCGCCAGCAGCAGCAGCAGCUGCAACGCCAGCGACAGAGCAGCGAUGCACUGACUCUGCCCGAUUGGCAUGUGGACGAGCUGUGCUCCAGCUCGCCACAGCCGGUGCAAAGCCACGCCGAGAUGCGGGCGCGCAGCAGCACCAUGAAGCUGAUGGCCUGCGUGGAUGCCUACCCGAAGGCGCUGAAGAAGUUCCAGGAGAUACAAGAGUCCGCCGGCGAGGCCAUGGUUUCCGGCGCCAAUUCCGAGGAUGAGAGCUGCUCGGCCUCGUCGGAGGAUAUGCGCAGCUCAUCCGCAUCCAGCACAGCGUCCGCGGCAGGCUGUACGCUCUCCAAGCGGCUAAAGCAGCCGCCGUCGCGCAUGUCCAUCGAGGAGGCGUUAAUGCUCGAACAGGUCAACAGCCUGAAUGGCACGCCCAUGGAGGUCAGCUGGUCGGAGGAUGCGGCCGAUGCGGAUGUUGCCGCCGCGGGGCACCCACUGGCAUGACAGGCACCCGUCGCGGAUGAUGUGGGCUACGAGGAACGGGCCGUCAUCGAGCAAAUAGCCGAGGCAGCCGAAGAGGCUUAUGAAAUGGACGCCGAUGCGCAGCAGGAGGAUCUAAUUGUGGGCGGCGACGACGAGGACGACGACGAGGAGGACGAUUACGAUGAUGAUAGCUUUUAAAGCAGGCGCGCAUAGAUUGUAGAACAAUUCGAUGGGCAACAAAACUAAAGAAAGUUUAAAAAUGAAAUGAACAGAAAAACAAAACAAAAAACGUUAGAAAUAAGCCUAAACAAAUUUGGAUUAAUUUGCUGUAAAUAAGUUCAUAAAGAAGCGCUUCAGGGGAUGAGCUUUUGGCGAGGGCAACAUACAUACAUACAUACAUACAGGUAUACAUACAUAUAUAUAUAUAUAUA